UCCCCGCCCCGGCCCUCCCCCGCUUGGGCUCCCGCAGGCCUCGGGGGCCGCCGGGGCCUGGCCGCGGGUACCCGGCUGGAGCUCGGGCCGGUGGGACGUUGGUGGGCUUGUGCCGCGGGGCGGAGGGGGCGAGUGUCCGCCUCGUCCCAAGCCCGCCUCUGGUGGCGAUGUCGUCCGGGGCCGGGUCUCGGCGGCAGCGGGAGCCGCCGGAGCACGAGCUGCAGCGGCGGCGGGAGCAGAAACGGCGGCGGCACGACGCGCAGCAGCUGCAGCAGCUCAAGCAUCUGGAGUCCUUUUACGAGAAACCUCCUCCUGGGUUUAUCAAGGAGGAUGAGACAAAGCCAGAAGACUGUAUACCAGACGUGCCGGGCAAUGAGCAUGCCAGGGAGUUUCUGGCUCAUGCACCAACUAAAGGACUUUGGAUGCCACUGGGGAGAGAGGUCAAAGUUAUGCAAUGUUGGCGUUGCAAACGGUAUGGCCAUCGAACCGGCGACAAAGAAUGCCCUUUUUUUAUCAAAGGCAACCAGAAGUUAGAACAGUUCCGAGUUGCACAUGAAGAUCCCAUGUAUGACAUCAUUCGAGAGAAUAAAAGACAUGAAAAGGAUGUCAGGAUCCAGCAGCUAAAACAGUUACUGGAGGACUCCACCUCGGAUGAAGAUGGGAGCAGCUCCAGCUCCUCGGGAAGUAAAGAGAAGCGCAAGAAAAAGAAGAAGAAAGAAAAGCAUAAGAAAAAGAAGAAAGAGAAAAAAAAGAAGAAGAAACGAAAGCACAAGGCUUCCAAGUCGAGUGACAGUUCAGACUCAGAGUGACAGCUGAUGGCAGCAUUCUCAAAAUCACCCUCAAGCCAAAGAAGAGAGCCGCCCAAGAGCAACGGGGCAGGACUAGGAGGGAACACCUGGCACAGCUGUGGGUUCUCGCCACUUCCUGGUGCCAGGUGACCGCCGCAGAGCAGGUGGGCCCCCAGGCUGUCUGCCAACGGUGUCUGGUUCCUCUCCCACGACGGUCACUUGUGUCUGAUUGCUUUAAUAGGCCACCUGCAAAAGGAAGUAAUGAAAAGACUGAAAAAGAACUCUAGGGUACUGCCACAGCUUCUGCCCUCAUGGUGCAGAGCUCAGUUUCCACCGACUUUACCCUUCUCUGUGGUUCGGGAUAAUAAAAGUUCAUGGUUUAUUUUUUAAA